GCAGAUGCCACUGGCAGAGUUUAAAAGCGAUUGCCGUCCUUCGCUUCAUUUGGGACUUCCAUCUCAUCUCCGCUCGCUUAUCCUGCGCGCCACCUACUAUCGUGCGCGCCGCCGCUGGAUCCUCGUCUCUUUCUUUCAGAGUCUGAGCUAAAAGCAAUUAUUUCAAGAUAAGUGCAGCUGCAUUUGAGUGAAACAAUCAUGUGCUUCAGUUGUUUUAGGAAGCCCAACGUCCUACCUUCUUAUCAUGAGGGACCAUCUGCUAAUGCAGUAGGACAGGGUCCUCAUCAUACUCCAAACUUUACUCCUAAUAAUGCCCAACCUAUUAGAGUCCAGCGAAUUGAAGUUCCUUCCAUUCCUGUAGAUGAAAUAAGGGAAAUCACAAAGAAUUUCAGCAAUUCAGCUUUGAUCGGAGAGGGUUCAUAUGCUAGAGUUUUCUUUGGUACCUUGAAAGAUGGCAAACAAUCUAUCAUCAAAAAGUUGGAUGAUACUAAGCAGCCUAACCAAGAAUUUUUAGCCCAGGUAUCUAUGGUGUCCAGGUUGCAACAUGAAAAUGUGGUAGCGCUUCUGGGUUACUGCAUGGAUGAAGGAAGUUUACGUGUUCUUGCGUAUGAAUAUGCUUCCAUGGGAUCCCUUCAUGAUAUCCUACAUGGGCGAAAGGGUGUUGAAGGGGCAAAGCCAGACACAAUUUUGCCAUGGGCAGAACGAGUUAAGAUUGCCGUGGGGGCUGCAAAAGGACUUGAAUACCUGCAUGAGAAAGCACAACCUCGAGUCAUUCAUCGUGAUAUCAAGUCCAGCAAUGUACUUCUGUUUGAGGAUUAUGUGGCAAAAAUAGGGGACUUUGAUAUAUCCAACCAGAGUCCUGAUAUGGCAGCACGCCUGCAGUCCACCAGAGUUCUUGGAACUUUUGGUUAUCAUGCUCCUGAGUUUGCCAUGACAGGACACCUUACAUCCAAGAGCGAUGUCUACAGCUUUGGUGUUGUUCUCUUAGAGCUUUUAACUGGACGAAAACCUGUGGAUCCGAGUUUGCCACGAGGACAGCAGAGUCUUGUGACAUGGGCAACACAAAGGCUAACUGAAGAUAAAGUCCACCAAAUCGUAGAUCAAAAACUAGGAAGAGACUACCCUCAGAAAUCUAUUGCAAAGUAUGCUGCCGUAGCUGCUUUGUGCAUGCAGUAUGAAGCUGAACUCCGCCCAAACAUGAGCAUCGUUGUGAAAGCUCUCCAGCCUCUAUUGAAUUCUAAAAAUGGUUACCCUGGCGGUGCAUCGAGAUUCUAAGGCACUCUCUUUUCUUCUUGUUCCGGUUGCUGGUGACGAUACAAGUGUUUGAUGCUUGUUGCCCAAUGCCAUCCUAAUUGUGAGAUUAUUGUUUCCUGCCAUGCUUGAUUUGUCUUCGCAAUGCAUUUGAUAACACUACGAUUUAUGCAUGCGUGAUCUGUGUCUGGUUGUCCCUUUCUUGAUGGAUGAGAUGAGCUUUAUAACUGUGGACUUACAUGUUGCUUAGUAAUUGUAUACACAAGUUACAUACAUUAAAAAAAAUGAUUUCUACU